AAGCAUGCGCACUAGAGACAAACUACUUUCGAUUUUAGUCCUCUAACUUUGAAAGGGAUAAAAUGAUUUAAUCGUGCGGCUCUUCUAGACUUUCCAAAUGCUUUCGGACCAAAUGGAUCACUUGUGAUAGUGAAACGAGUUUUUUCGAGGGGAACUGUGACUGAAAAAGAAGUUUACUCUGUUCUUACAGUCGUUUCUUUCACAAUGUCGUAGCUACGUCCUGGAAAGUUUUGCCAAUAGAGGAGACAUGUGGGAAAGAUCUCUGAACAGGGAUCACGACAUACUAUUUAUGUACUAUUUAUGUAAACAAUGGAUCGGAAUGUAGUUUUGAAAAUAUGAAGGUAGUCAUCUUUGUGUUUACACUUUAUUCGGUUGCAGUUUCCAUCGUGCUCGGGACGAGACUGACAGUCAACAGCGAGACACAUUCCCUCUUUUACAUCUACACGGCUCUCUCCAAACCUGUCGGACUCCCAGGCAUCCACCAGUUCUCAGCCAUGGGUCUGCUGGACGGCAGGAUGAUCGACUACUUUGACAGCGAGCACCAGAAGAAAGUUCCCAAACAGGACUGGAUGAAAGAGAGACUGGCUGCAGAUUACUGGGAGAAAGGAACACAGUCCCGCCUGAGCAAACAGCAGUGGUUCAACGUCAACAUCGACAUCCUGAAGACACGAAUGAGACAGAAUGACUCAGACGUCCAUGUUCUUCAGUGGAUGCACGGCUGUGAGGGCGACAAGCAGCCUGACGGCACGAUUAGGUUCCACCGCGGCGUGGACAUGUACAGCUACGAUGGAAACGACUUCCUGUCCUUUGACAACAAACACCAAGUCUGGGUUGCUUCGACUGACGUGGCCGUCCUGACCAAGAGGAAGUGGGAUGGCAUCCAGAUCCUAAAAGAAUACACCAAAGGCUACCUGGAGAACGAGUGCAUGGAGUGGUUGAGGAGGUUUGAGGACUAUGGGCAAAUGCAGCUUCAAAACGCCUCUCCACCUGAAGUCUACGUGUUCACAAAGAACAUCAAUGUUGAGGCGAAGGUCAUGUUGACGUGCCUGGUCACAGGUUUCUACCCAAAAGACGUCAUCCUGAAUAUCAAAAGGAACGGCAGUGUUCUAACUCAAGUGUUUACCUCAAAAGUUCGUCCAAAUGACGACGACACCUUCCAGAGAAGAGACAGUGUGGAGAUUUUAAGGAGUGACACGUCUACAUUCACCUGUGAAGUGAAUCAUCCUGCAUCCAGGUUACAUGUUGAGAAGGAAUGGGAGAGACAUUCCCUCUAUUACAUCUACACGGCUCUCUCCGAACCUGUCGGACUCCCGGGCAUCCACCAGUUCACAGCCAUGGGUCGCCUGGACGGCAGGAUGAUCGACUACUUUGACAGCGAGCACCAGAAGAAAGUUCCCAAACAGGACUGGAUGAAAGAGAGACUGCCUGCAGAUUACUGGGAGAAAGGAACACAGUCCCGCCUGAGCAAACAGCAGUGGUUCAACGUCAACAUCGACAUCCUGAAGACACGAAUGAGACAGAAUGAUUCAGAUGUCCAUGUUUUUCAGUGGAUGCACGGCUGUGAGGGCGACACGCAGCCUGACGGCACGAUUAGGUUCCACCGCGGCAUAGACAAGUACGGCUACGAUGGAAACGACUUCCUGUCCUUUGACGACGCCAACCAAGUCUGGGUUGCUUUGACUGACGUGGCCAUCCCGACCAAGAGGAAGUGGGAUGAUGUCCAGGUCCUAAAAGAAUACACCAAAGGCUACCUGCAGAAUGAGUGCAUGGAGUGGUUGAGGAAGUUCGUGGACUAUGGGCGAAUGCAGCUUCAAAAUGCCACUCCACCUGAAGUCUACGUGUUCACAAAGAGCACAACAGUUGAGAGAAAGGUCAUGUUGACGUGCCUGGCCACAGGUUUCUACCCAAAAGACGUCAUCCUGAAUAUCAAAAGAAACGGCCGUGUUCUAACUCAAGGGGACGGAGUGGUUACCUCGGGCGUUCGACCAAAUGAAGACGACACCUUCCAGAGAAGAGACAGUGUGGAGAUUUUAAGGAGGGACACGUCUACAUUCACCUGUGAAGUGAAUCAUCCUGCAUCCAGGUUACAUGUUGAGAAGGAAUGGGAGAGACAUUCCCUCUAUUACACCUACACGGCUCUCUCCGAACCUGUCGGACUCCCGGGCAUCCACCAGUUCACAGCCAUGGGUCACCUGGACGGCAGGAUGAUCGACUACUUUGACAGCGAGCACCAGAAGAAAGUUCCCAAACAGGACUGGAUGAAAGAGAGACUGCCUGCAGAUUACUGGGAGAAAGGAACACAGUCCCGCCUGAAAAAGCAGCAGUGGUUCAACGUCAACAUCGACAUCCUGAAGAAACGAAUGGGACAAAAUGACUCAGACGUCCAUGUUCUUCAGUGGAUGCACGGCUGUGAGGGCGUUACGCAGCCUGACGGCACGAUUAGGUUCCACCGCGGCAUAGACAAGUACGGCUACGAUGGAAACGACUUCCUGUCCUUUGACGACGCCAACCAAGUCUGGGUUGCUUCGACUGACGUGGCCGUCCCGACCAAGAGGAAGUGGGAUGAUGUCCAGGUCCUAAAAGAAUACACCAAAGGCUACCUGCAGAAUGAGUGCAUGGAGUGGUUGAGGAAGUUCGUGGACUAUGGGCGAAUGCAGCUUCAAAAUGCCACUCCAUCUGAAGUCUACGUGUUCACAAAGAGCACAACAGUUGAGAGAAAGGUCACGUUGACGUGCCUGGCCACAGGUUUCUACCCAAAAGACGUCAUCCUGAAUAUCAAAAGAAACGGCCGUGUUCUAACUCAAGGGGACGGAGUGGUUACCUCGGGCGUUCGACCAAAUGAAGACGACACCUUCCAGAGAAGAGACAGUGUGGAGAUUUUAAGGAGGGACACGUCUACAUUCACCUGUGAAGUGAAUCAUCCUGCAUCCAGGUUACAUGUUGAGAAGGAAUGGGUUUCCAUUCUCCUCGGGACGGGACUGAUGGUGAACAGUGAGAGACAUUCCCUUUAUUACAUCUACACGGCUUUCUCCAAACCUGUCGGACUCCCGGGCAUCCACCAGUUCACAGCCAUGGGUCUGCUGGACGGCAGGAUGAUCGACUACUUCGACAGCGAGCACCAGCAGAAAGUUCCCAAACAGGACUGGAUGAAAGAGAGACUGCCUGCAGAUUACUGGAACAAAGGGACACAGUCCCGCCUGAGCAAACAGCAGUGGUUCAACGUCAACAUCGACAUCCUGAUGAAACGCAUGAGACAGAAUGACUCAGACAUCCAUGUUCUUCAGUGGAUGCACGGCUGUGAGGGCGACAAGCAGCCUUACGGCACGAUUAGGUUCCACCGCGGCGUGGACAUGUACAGCUACGAUGGAAACGACUUCCUGUCCUUUGACGACGCCAACCAAGUCUGGGUCGCCCCAACUGAAGCGGCCGUCCCGACCAAGAGGAAGUGGGAUGAUGUCCAGGUCCUAAAAGAAUACACCAUGGGCUAUCUGGAGAACGAGUGCAUGGAGUGGAUGAGGAAGUUUGUGGACUAUGGGCAAAUGCAGCUUCAAAAUGCCACUCCACCUGAAGUCUACGUGUUCACAAAGAGCACACCAGUUGAGACAAAGGUCAUGUUGACAUGCCUGGCCACAGGUUUCUACCCAAAAGACGUCAUCCUGAAUAUCAAAAGAAACGGCCGUGUUCUAACUAAAGAGGACGGAGUGGUUACCUUUGGCGUUCGCCCAAAUGAAGACGACACCUUCCAGAGAAGAGACAGUGUGGACAUUUUAAGGAAUGACACGUCUACAUUCACCUGUGAAGUGAAACACCCUGCAUCCAAGUUGCAUGUUCAGAAGGAAUGGGCUCAAGAGCCUCCCAGCACUGCAGGUAUUGCUGUAGUGGUUACUUUUGUUCCGUUUGUGGGGGUGAGUGUGAUCGUGGGAACGCUUCUAGUGGUCUUUAGCAAGAGAUGCGUUACCGAUGGUGACUCUUCCAACAACCCUGCUGCCGCCGACAGUCUUGUGUAUGAGAAUGAGGAAGACGCAGUGUGAAGUUCCUGCAAACAACAUCCUUCCCAUCAGCAUGUUAGCAUUGUCAGUGUGAGCAUUUGAGUAUGCUAAUGUUAGCAUUUAGCUCAAAGCUGAGUGCAGCCUCACAGAGCUGCUAAAGUGGAUGGAGUCUCACAUGUGAGACAUCAUUUUUGAGACACCUGUGCAGAACUCUGUAGUUUGGAAAACAAGUGGACCACUUGCAGCCCCAAUGAAAUCAGAAAAUAUUCUUCUUUGGUGUCUUUUUAAGCUGAACCACAAAGUCGUUAUUAUAUCAAAGAGUUGUUAGAGUUUGGAUCAUGUGGGUAAGCAAAUGUUUAUCAGGUUAAAAUCUUGCAACAGCUCAAAUAGAGGAGGCUUCUAUGAACAGGCUGUAAAAUAUAAAUACACAUUUAGGGGGUUGAUAAGGGUUAGUGGGUUAAAGGUAACCGGGAUUAAAAGGAAGUGAAUGAAUUUAUACUAGUUCCUCCUCCUGGUUGUGGAUGGUUCCUCUGCUGUGUACAGAUGUAGAUUUAAUCAGAUCCGGGGUGCCGCUGUGCCAAUAUGUGCUCCUUCUGGCCGCCUCCUCCUGAGAGCAACACUCUCCCUUUGUAGUUUUCUGUGACGAGUGUUUUAAAAAGCUGUUUUCCUUGAUACCUUUCCUUCAAGUAGACUAAUGAUACUAUUUGUUACCAUUAUAUCACAAUAUUGUCUACAAUAAUCGCAAUAUGACUUUUUCAAUAUGAGAUUAAUGUAAAGGAUUCUGAUGAUGUUUUUACCGAUUAGGUUUCUUACUGGUAACCAGUGCUUGUUCCUGCACAUAAUGGACUUUCAUACACUUGUUUUCGUAUUAUAUAAAUAUGCAUCUGUGUGUUCUUUGCUGUCUUAUGCAGAUUUUGUAUUUUUACAUGUUUGUUUGAAUUGCUACUUUUUGGGUUCUUGAACAAUAUAGACACAGACCUACAUGUAAUCAAACCUGAGCGUUUUCUAAUGUAACGGGAUGUUAAAUAAAGUAAAAAAUAAUGAAAUUG